AUGUUCGGGACGCUAUCACAGAACCAUUCUACCCAGGCUUCCUACAUUGUCCAGGUCACCGAUCCUCCCUUUCAGACAGACCGCAAUGCAAGAACCCCUCACUUGGCCUGCAUGGCCUGUCGAACCAAAAAGCUCAAGUGCUCGGGGGAAAAGACGGGCUGUCAACGGUGUCAGAUGAAGAAUCUGUCCUGUGUCUUCCCAGAUCAAUCUGCCUCUCGCUCGGCCAGGAAGCAACGCAGCAAGCGUUCCCAGUCCGCUGUGUCAGAUACCUCCCAUCACCCGACGAACAGCAGCGCCAGCGGCAGACAAGGGUCCCCAGAACCACGUAACCAGGAGGUACAAGGGCCCAGUCACAUACAUGUGGGCGAAGAAGAGAUGGACGGGGAUGUAUUUCUUGACCUUCCCGAUUUCUAUGAUACGGGCUUGUCCUCUACGCCAGACGCAGAGGAUAUAUCCCGGUUAGAGGCUCCCCUGGGUCUGAACACUGGUCUACCAACCGGCUCUCUAUCAACCAGCCUGGAAGACGCUCUUAGCCACGGAUCUCUACUAGACAUCAGUCAAGACCGGCACAAGCCCAACUAUCCCGGACUGCCAGCCUGCAUUGACCUCGACACCGAUAUUCUUCCUGUAUUCUCAAACCCAGGAGUAGAACGCGCCUCCACCUCCCCUUCCAACCAGUGUCACUGCCCCAGCCAAGCCCUUGCUCUGUAUGAGCGCACUCAAAUUCUCUACAACCGACUUGACGCAACACCUCGCUCGACGAUAAAUAGCCAUGACACCCGGGAUACACUCCAUCGAAGCAAGGAGAUAAUCUAUCAAUGUGAAAAUCUAACAGAAUGCGCCCUGUGCCGGACACAGUCUCACAUCGCUAUGAUUCUCCUCUCCGUCAGCCACCAGUUGAUUAUCUGUCUCAAGCGCCAGUGCGCCACCACAAACCAUCACAGGCUGACGGACUGGCAUCCUAAUGACGCUUACCCAGGCCAGGGAACGGGUUUCACUCACCGUAGUAGCCUAGAAUCCGCGACACAGAGGCCGCCGAUGACUUUCCAUCACAGCUUGGAAUCAGAGGACUUGGAAGACGAGAUCCAGGUGCUCAAGACAUUGCUAACGUUAAGAAUGCAAGCUACUGCUAAGCUUCUGGCAAAAUUACAAAACAUCAUUGACGUUGGGGGGUGGCGCGAGCAUCGUGAGUUGCUGGACAGGGUGUCGGCGCUGCAUCAGGCCGCCGCGGUCAGUAUUCAUCGAAUGGGGGGAAGGGAGAGAUGA